CGCUGUCCCGGAAGCGCUCGCAGGCCCUCUAGGAUCGCUUCCGGGAGGUGCCUACCUCCUUCCUUCCUUUUCCGGCGCGGCGCGUGCGAGGUGCGUGUGUGUGUGGGUCGGUGCAGCGGAGCCGGGCGCGAUGCAGAACGACGCGGGCGAGUUCGUGGACCUCUACGUGCCGCGCAAGUGCUCCGCCAGCAACCGCAUCAUCGGUGCGAAGGACCACGCGUCCAUCCAGAUGAACAUCUCUGAGGUUGACAAAGUCACAGGCAGAGUCAAUGGCCAGUUCAAAACAUAUGCCAUCUGUGGAGCAAUCCGUAGAAUGGGAGAAUCGGAUGACUCCAUUCUGCGUCUGGCAAAGAACGAUGGAAUUGUUUCCAAGAACUUUUAAUUGAAGAAAUUGAUAUGGAACAUUUUGUUAUUAAAUAAACAGUUCAAACCCA